AUGGCUGCAACAAAAGGAACAGAAGGAAGAAAAAAAAGAUCCAGACAGGAAUCUAAUCUAUCUUCCAAUAUUGUAGAUGAAGACGUGACAGAUCCAUCCUCUAAUGAAGACGAAGACAAGGAAGAUUUAGUAGAUGAAUCUGAAGAAUUAGAUUCUGAUGAAGAAUUUCAAGGCGAAAAUCCGGCAGAUAAGAGAAGAAGAUUAGCUAAACAAUAUUUAGAAAACUUGAAAUCAGAAGCAAAUGAGAUAUUAAGUGAAAGGGCUAAUACAGAUGAGAAGGAUAACGCUCUUGAUGAUUUUAACAAUUUUGAUGCAGCAGAUAUGGAUAAAGACAUCAUUGCAUCAAGAUUAAAGCAAGAUGUAGCAGAACAGCAAGGUAAGGUUUAUAGAUUUAUUGCUAAUAAAUUGUUAGUAUCGGAAUCUAAAUAUAUCUUUACCAGAGUUGGGGACAAAAAUUUAACCUGCAUAAGUUGUUACCAACCACCACUAAAUACCUUUUCACAUGAUAUAUCUGAAAAUAAAAGUAAUAAGAAGAAUAAAAUCUUUGCGUAUACUGUCAGUAAAGACCUUCAACUUACUAAAUAUGAUGUGACUGACUUCAAUCAUAGACCUAAAAAAAUUAAACAAACCAAAGGUGGUAGUAAAUAUAUCCCUACUACUAAAUUUGAGCAUGAAAAUACAACAGAAGGGCAUUACGAUGAAAUUUUAACUGUUGCUGCCUCACCGGAUGGGAAAUAUGUGAUAACAGGUGGUAGAGAUAGAAAGCUGAUUAUUUGGAGCACAGAAUCUUUAUCUCCAGUUAAAGUUAUUCCAACAAAGGACCGCAAUGGUCAAGUAAUGUCAUUGACUUUUAGAAAAAACUCAGAUCAAUUGUAUGUAGCUUGUGCUGAUUAUAAGAUUAGAACAUACUCAAUUAAUCAAUUCGCUCAAACUGAAAUUCUAUAUGGACAUCAUGACUUAGUAGCCGAUAUAUCUUCUUUAGGAAUGGAGAGAUGUGUCACAGUAGGCUCCCGUGAUAGAACAGCUAUGCUAUGGAAAAUCCCAGAUGAAACUAGGCUUACGUUUAGAGGAGGUGAUGAUCCAGCAAGGUUAGUAAAAAAUUGGCUUAAGCAGAAUGCAUCAGAAGACUCAGAUGGGAAUAUCACAUAUCCUGAUGCAUCUGAAGCACCACUUUUCUAUGGCGAAGGCAGUAUUGAUAUUGUAAGCAUGAUUGAUGACUCACAUUUUAUCACAGGUUCAGAUAAUGGUAAUAUAUGCUUAUGGUCCUUAGCUAAAAAAAAGCCAUUAUUCAUUGUAAGAGCUGCUCACGGUAUUGUACCACAUACCUUAGAAUCCAACAUUUCUGGUGAAACUGAUCAAGCAUUAAGAACUAUUCAACUUCAAGGUAAUAAAAUAACUAAACCGUAUUGGAUCACUGCCCUAUAUGCCAUUCCAUAUUCUGAUGUAUUUAUCUCUGGUUCAUGGAAUGGAACCUUAAAAGUAUGGAAAAUCGGCGAGAACCUUAGAGAAUUUGAACUACUUGGAGAAUUAGAUAAUUGCAGAGGUGUAGUUAACAAAAUCCAAGUAGUAGAGCAAGGUAAGCAUGGGAAGGAAACGUUCAGAGUUUUAGCCAGUGUGGGUAAAGAACAUAAACUUGGUAGAUGGUUGGGCAAGGUUCCAGGUGCUAGGAAUGGUAUAUACUCGGCUGUGUUACAACAAACAUCUUUUUAA